AUGUCAGGAGGCUCCGAUAAACCACUUUCAAUGGAUAGUGAAAACAAAAAAUUUAAAGGGAACAGUUAUUCUGCAACAGCCAACCCUGCUCCAAAACCUUCAAACUCAAAAACAAGCAUAGUUGACGACAAUGACACUUGGGGUGCUAUAUCUGCUCCACCCCUGCACCCACAACUGGAUCCAAGCCCUUGUCAGCGGGGAUUCCAAGUCUAUACAACCAUUUUUGAAUUUUAUUCUGUGAAAAUAUAUUAUAUCUGGUGUUUAAGGCCUACUAUAUUCGAAAGGGCACUUGGGAGAGAGAGUGAGAGAAAGGUGCUGGUUUGCAAAGAAAGUUUCCAAGAUGAAUACGAAGAUUUGACUAAUCCUAACAUCUCAAUUUAUAGAAACUGUAUAUGCCUCCGUUGCUUUGUUCAGAACUUCUUGGCUGUGACCACAGUUACGACGCUGAGGCAGAGGCGACUCCAAAUGCUGCAAACUUCAGUCCAAAUGCGUCUCCUCCAGUCAACCUCUCCGUCCUCACCUCCUCGGUCCUCCAGGCUCCGCCGCAGCGCCAAUCGAGCAGCUACAAAAAUCAAAAUACACAGAGACUCACAGAGAGACUGA